AUGUCCGGCCCAAAGCGGCGAAGAGAGACAGGAGAUUCAAUCGCAUCGGAGCCACUUCGCCCAUCCACACUGGUGCUCGAUCGUCGAAACGACAGGAUAUCGAAAUUGCAGACGCUGCGACGGAAGUACAAUGAUGCUGCUGGACCGUCCACCGUUGACUACGAAGUCGACCAGAUCCGCGAGUUCAUCCGCAACAAAGCUCUGGACGAAGACUUCUCUGUCGCCAUUCGAGAGCGGUGGCAGACGUGGUCACGCAACGCCAACCCUUUCCGCUCAACACUAGCUUCAUCGGCUGCAUCCGAGCUUCAGUCAGCCGACCACUCAGCCUCGGAAUCGGACGAUCAGUCGGCAGGCUCCGCAAGGGAGGACCCGAACGAUCACAAAGCGGACGAACCAUCCUCGAAAAAGAAGCGUGGGAGACCGGUUCGUGCCAAGCGAGCUAAGGCGUUACACGGCAAAUCCGAACUCGACGUGAUGGAAGAAUGGGAAGCAGUUCGGAGAGAGCGAGAAGUGCUUCUCGCCGACAUGGAUGCUGCCCUUCCGAAAGCCUUCCGAUACAACGAGCGUCAAGUCAAGGUGUACGCUCAUCGGCUCAAGACAAAGUACGUCAAUUCACUCGAUCGACCUUUUGAAGCCAAAGAGGUCCAUAGGCUGCUUCAUCCAUCUUCUCAAACGGGCCCUUCAGCUACAGCAAAUGUACGAACAGCACAAGCACAGCCGAAUGUGUUCACAAUCUCAAUGUUCAGCAGCAGCAUCGACUGGAGCAAAGAAGCAGCCGCUGCCAAGAGCAAGGGCGAUCCGUACGACCCGCCCUCCGAUGACGAUGGCGACACCGCCAGAGACGACUACGUCAAGCGCAUCUGUGGCGACGGGCUUGGAGGCAUGAGGCGUACCCAAACUGUCGAGCUUCUUUCGUUGCAGACUCUCGCGGACCUUCACUCUUCUCUCGUGUGCUGGUCCGACGAACAGCCGGAGCGGUGCGACUGGCAAGAACGCCUUCGACGCUAUAUCAAGCGACGCGAGGCUGGAGAGCAGCCGCUUGAGUCAGCCUUCGGCACCACCGAGGACGACGAUUCCCAAGACGUUCGCACUGCGCGCUUCACGGGUCGACGAAGACAGACGGACGCAGCGCUGGUCAUCGAGGACAAGCUCUACGUCAAAGGCAUUGAACACGGCGAUGCAGCCUUUGAAGCUGACUAUGCCACGCUCAUCGACGACUGGAAAGGGCUGGUGGGCAACUCUGAUCCCAAGAUCGCCUCCAUCUCGAAAGGCGGUGGGCUCGACCUGCGUUUCGAUCAGAUCGAUUUGAUCCGCGUUGGCCAGCCCUACUGGAUUCUGCACCAAGGCGAUUGUGUCCACUGCUUUGUCGUCGAGCAAGUGCGAGCACUGCGUCCAAGCGAAAACAAAGCACUUCGCAAGGGCCUCAGCACAUCCAACAUCGAGGGCGCUCCGGUGGGCACAGCCUUCGUACCGUUUCCUCGUAUCACCUGUCUCUCCACCCCAACCAUGCUCCGCUUCGCUGCGGACGACAAGCACAACUACGGCCUUGGACAUCACAUUCUUCGAUGGGAGGACUCGCUUGCCAUGACGCAACCUCGAGCAGGUGCGGAAAGCAAAGCAGCAGAAGGAGGGACUCAGGGCGAAGCUUCAAUGCCCAACCCGUGGCAGGUGGCCAAUCUUCGGACCAGGCGCAAGGACGAAGGUCUGUUGCGCAAGAAGCAGGGCAAGUGUCUUGCUUGCUCGUGGCGAAAAGCCCAGGUUGGGAUCCUUGGUGGCAAGUCGGUUCGCCUCCCUCUCGCGAGCGUCGAAGUUGACGAAUCCGAUGGCACACAGCCCGAGGCCGCGGUCGACGGCUUAGAUGACUACCUUACUUCCAUUUGCACACCGUGCGCUGCGAUUUUGGGCCUUCCCACUCUGCCAAUGGCUGACGGAGGCUCAGUCGAGCUCGACUGGGACCGCAUCAACAGCGAGAAAGACCGGCAAGCGGGCUGGACCGUCUUUCCCAUGUACUGA